AUGUGUUCCUUUGACAAAUCAUCUUCAGGCUAUUACCAAUGGGUGUCUUUGAUGCUUGCGGUUCAGGCGAUUCUCUGCUACUUACCUCGCCUCGUCUGGGAGAUGAUCACAUUCAAUCGGGUCGGCACAAAUCUCACCUUUCUGCUGGAAUCCGCCAAGAGCGCCUCCCGCGAGACUGGCAAGGAGAGGUCGCAACGCGUACAGUUCGUUGCCAACGCUCUGGAUACCCUGUUAUUCGCGCGUCGUAAAAUGCACCACCGAGAGGACACUCGACACCCAGUAGUGCAAUUCCUCCACUCGGCAACAGACAUGCUUCCACGCAAGCGAAUAGGCUCUGCUCUCGUCUUUUAUUACAUGCAUGCAAAGCUGUUGUACCUAGGAAAUGCUGUUGCACAAAUCCUCUUAAUGGAACGCUUCCUUGGGCUUGGAAGCAAUUAUCGGUUUUUCGGUGUCUCCAUCCUCCAGGAUCUGCUCUCGGGCCGAAAUUGGAAUGAGACUUUGGUAUUUCCACGCGUUGGAUUCUGUCGAAUUCCGGUCAAAAUCGUCAACUCUCCGAUCGCCCCCAUCACGGCACAGUGCACUCUACCUGUCAACAUGCUGAACGAAAAGAUAUACAUCUUCCUUUGGUUCUGGUAA